AUGAGAAGCAAAUCCAUCUUAGCUGGUGCCGUUAAUGUUCCCAUUGAACCAACAUCAAACGUGGAUUCAAGAACUACAAAUAAUAUUAUUAUAAAGAAUUAUAGUUCAGAAAAUUUGAAAGACAAAGAACCAGAACUUAAGUCAGUGAAUUUAAACACCGGUUCAAACGCUAAUGCAACAUCUGAUGUUAAGUUAGAGUAUCCACCAUUGGACCAAAUUAUUUCAAGAGAUGCAGAAACAAACCCAUAUUCAAAUGUUCAAACAAAUUCUCCAGAUAAUGUAGAACAUUACCUCCUUCAGUUAUAUCAAACAAUAUUACUCAAAGACGACAAAAAACUUUUGACAAAUCUUAUAAGUAAAAAUCAAAUUAUAUUAACUAAGGAGGACUUGGAGAAUGCUAUUUCAAGAAUAACUAACAAACAAUGUGUCAUUGACUAUCUCGACCCUGAAAUAGAAUGUUGUGGACAAACUCCAAUAUUUAUGAAAAUAGGUAAUAUAAGAAUUAUUGAAACACCAGGAACUGCAGGAGUUGAGUUUAAAUAUAGGUAUUCCAAUGAAUAUACUAAACUUUCUUCAGAUUAUAAACUUUGUCUAAAAUAUGUUUUAGCGAAUUAA